CCCACCAUCUGUACUUUAUGCGAAGCGAGUGGUAAAUAAUCUGAGCUAUUUUCGCGAGUUUAUCCUCUAAUUUCUUUCUUCUCAGGGCUUCUUCUUCUCUACCUCUCUCUCUCUCUCUCUCUCUCUCCCAUUUCCUCUCCGAUCCCGUGGAAGCACCCGAGCUCUACCUUUCAGAUGUUCGCCUCUCUUUCUCUCUCUUCCUACUUCCUUCGUUUGCCUCUCCACUCAAAAUCCCUCCGGCUACGACCGCGAAGAGGUACGGUGGCUCCGGGAAGAGCAGAGGUGGAUUCGCGAGGAGCAAAGAUGGAUUCGGGAGGAACAGAGGUGGAUACGCGAGCGUGAAGCUCUUUUAUCGGAGAUUUCGGAUCUCCAGCUCCGGAUCCAAACCCUAGAGUCUCGAAAUUCGCAGCAGGGGACUUCAGUUCCCGAUACGAUCUCGAAUAUAGCUGCUUUGCUUCAGGUUCUGAAGGAGAAAAAUCGGAUUUCUGAGAGUGGAUCGAGUGUAACGCCGAUGGUAUUGGAGAAUACGAAAGAACCUGAGGAGGAGGAAGAGGAAGAGGAGGAAGUGAAGCGGGUGAUUGUUGAGGAGAAAGUUAGGGUUUCGGAGCAGGUGAAGAAGAAGAGGAGGACAUUGAAGGUGGGAAGCGAAGGCGAAGAGGUUCACGUGAUGCAGGAAGCUCUGCUAAAAUUAGGAUUCUAUUCGGGCGAAGAGGAUAUGGAGUUUUCUAGCUUCUCAAGUGGGACAGCAAGAGCUGUGAAGACUUGGCAAGCAUCACUUGGCGUCCGUGAGGAUGGGAUAAUGACAGAAGAUCUCCUUCAGAGGUUGUUCAUGGAUCAGAUAACGGAUGAACAUAUAGAGAAAGAUAAGGAUGAAGCAAAAACAAUGAAGAGAGAGGAAACUGGUAAUGGAGCGGUAUCUACUUCAGUGAGACAAGUCUCUGAGAAGCAGAAGUCAUUCAUAAAAGAUCAAAAUCCCUCCAGGCUCAAUAAACCGGUAGACAGAAGUAAUACUACAGAUACGAAAACAAAGUGCAUCACUUGUCGAGGAGAAGGUCGAUUGAUGUGCCUAGAGUGCGAUGGAACCGGUGAACCAAACAUUGAACCGCAGUUUAUGGAGUGGGUUGGUGAAGAUACGAAGUGUGCGUACUGUGAAGGUCUUGGUUAUACUGUUUGCGACGUCUGUGACGGCAAAACAACUGCAUAAUCAAGGUUUUGUGUAUUUUUUAUACACAAACAUUUGCUCAAUUAUGUACAAACUCUUCUGUAUAUCACUUUGAAAGUGUUUUAUCCUGAUUAUAUCAGUAACAUAUACCAUCCACAAAUCUUUUUAAAAAGUCGAUACAUCAAAUAAAUUAUUCUCAUUCAGCUCCACAAACAUUUGAGAAACAAAGGACUCCAGUUACACCAUUUUGGGACAUUGCGAUAAUCAAAACU